UUUUCUCUGGCACUGGUUUUCAUGCUUUUAACCAGCAAUGUUAUAAAACAAUUGGUUCGUGCUAUUAGCCGAGCAGUAUCAAGUUAUGGUGCAUUUGGGAAGUUUGGAGAGCCGGCUCAAGAAGUUAUAAUUGCUCUCAGCUAUCUUUUCGAGUAACUCUUAUUACACUGCUUUCGUGAUCUCCAAACUUUCUACGUGCUUAUAACUCGAUGGUGCAAUCUAAAGCAUGAACUAGUUGUUGAUUGGGGACUCCCUGGGGUGCUCGACUUGACGAAGUGAUAGCAUAGCUAACGGGCGGAAUCAAUGGAGAGCGGAUGUAAACAAUGUGCCGUAACGAGCAGUGGGGACUUGACUGAGGGAAAAGAACAUGUAGUUGUUAUGGCAACAUACGCCAUAGCAGGGGCCCCGAGCGACACAUAUGAUACCGGUCGAAGUGUGGAGAAGGGGAGAGGGGAGGAAAAGAGAGUCAGAGCAAACUAGAGUUACUUACCGUUGCUCCAAGGAUUUUACUCUAAGCGCACUGGGCGUGUAAUGAUUCAGCGGUCCUGCCCAAAAAUUGUUAGCCGCAAUGUAGCCUGGCCUGAUGGACAGUCUUCAGAAAAUGGCGGCUAGGGACAGUAAUAUUUCUGAUGUCGAAUUGCGUCGCCAACUCAAGACUUUUGGUGAAGAUGUCGGGCCUGUGACUGAUACUACAAGGCCAUUACUUCUUCGCAAAUUGAAGCGGUUGCAGAAUGAACAAAAGAGCAAUAAGUCGAGUGCAGAAAAGCCGGCACCUAGGAGAGCUACUCCCAGGAGGUCGUUGCCCGCAACAAGAAAUCGGAGUCCGUCUCGAAAGUUGAUCGGAUUUUCGAGCGAUGAAGAAGACGCAGAACCGAAUCGUUCUGGGGGAUUAGUGGACUCAAGUAGGUUAAGGGGUAGGCGAAGUGAAGACACUACUGCCACAAACGAAUAUCCGGGACGAGGAAAGUCGAAACCGACGACUCCACAGAGAAGUAAGUUAAGGCCGCGAGAGCCAAGCUUUAUCGACAGCGUUCCUGAGAAAAUUUUAGACACUUCAGAUGGUAAUAACGUUGAAGUUUCAGAUUCCGACGGGCAAGUCUAUUCCAGAUCAAAGAGUCGCGGUAUUGGAAUAACUAGAUAUUUGCGGCCGGUAAGACGUGAAGGGGGUCGAGACGAAAGCGAAAGAUCAGAAACUUCUAUUCCAUCGACAUCGUAUGACAACAACGAACGAAGCGUAACUGCUGAUUCGGAACUGGACCUUUCACUCCAAGAGAGACCCGCUGGAGCCAGACUUGUGAAGAGAAGCUCUUUCUGGUCCUCGACAAUCAAGAUUGCUUUGGUGAUAAUCGCUAUUUGCAUGGCUGUGUUGUUGUAUAUGACCCUCAAGAGCCACUCAAGCGAAAAAAUGAUCCCAGAGUUGGUGAAGCUACCAGUCUGUCAAGGUGAAAACGAGGUGGAGAAAUAUAAUGAACCAAAGCCCCCUGAUUGUAUAACGUUGGUCAAUAUCAGCAAGGCAUAUGCAGAGUUGCUGUUUAAACAGCUAGUUGUCAAAGCAGGUUUAUUUGAAUGCCAAGAUACAAGUACAGAGAGUAGAAAUCUUUCUUUGAGAGAGUUUAAAAAACAAAUUGAGGAAGAUAAUACAUCAAGAGGGGCUCCAGAUCGAAAGAAGAUCCUCAACAGUACACUGGAACUGAUUUGUAAUAACUCUGACUGGAAAAUAAGAUUGUUCAAUGAAAGUAAUGAAGAAACAGCUAAUAUUACAAAUGUGGCAUGGAUUGACACAUCAGUUUCUGCAAAACCUAUCUUGUGUCGCAUCAGAGAAGCAAUGUCCCGCUUGGCAUAUCUCUCUUUCUUGAUUGGAUUUGCUGUCGGAGGAUUGAUGUUUGCAUAUUUUAUUGUGCGGCAAAGAUGGAGGAGAGAGGAGGAGGAGACACGACUGAUGUAUCAGUUUGUGGAGAAUAUUAUUGACAUUUUACGAGAGCAUCAUGAGGCCAGUAAAGCGGAGAAGAAUCUGUUGCCAUAUCUUCCCAUUCCUCAUGUUCGAGACAUGCUGAUUCCUCCAUCUGACAGACAGAGACUUUCCAAAGCAUGGAACAGAGCUGUUCGGUUUUUGAGUGCUAAUGAAUCCCGUAUUCGAGUGGAAAGUCAGAGGAUCGCUGGAGAGGAUUUUGAAGUCUGGCGGUGGAUUCAUAUUGGUACACCCAAACCUCACAAUCCCAAACUGUCGCUUUCAGGCUCUAAACAUGGUAAAUACUGGCAAGGACAAGCAUUUGAAAACUUUCAGUCAGCUGUAAAUCCGCCUGUGAUUAGCCCCACGCCAUGUUUGAAAAUAAGGAACAUGUUUGAUCCUGAUGUUGAAACGGAAGAUGGCUGGCAUGUGAUGAUCCAAGAUGCCAUAUUGGAGAAGUGUAUUGAGAAUGGAGCAGGUGUGGUUCAUAUAGCGGUGGACAAGAGUUCUAGCGAGGGAUGCGUGUAUUUGAAGUGUGACACUCACCAUUCAGCAGGGUUGGCCUUUAGAAGUCUUCAUGGAUGUUGGUUUGACGGUCGUCUCGUCGCUGUCAAGUAUCUAACUUUGAAGCGAUAUCACCAGCGUUUUCCAGUGGCUUUGGAGGCUACCGAACGACUGAAUCCAUCAGGAACGUCGCCUUCUUCUCUUGUUACAUUUGAUCCCGACGAAGCCGAAGACGAAGAAGACAUCAAUGAUUCAGACAUCGAGUAUUACUAACUGAACUUUCAUGCUCUUUGUUGGUGAACGCGGAUACUGUUCGUCAGGAUGGCAGACUGCGCAUGUGAUUGGCCGCCAUCUUCUAUCACGUCUCGUCCCCAGAGGCCGCACUCCUUUUGGUCCGCACCAAGAAUCGCGACCUCUGGCAAGGUCCAACACCGGAAGU